AUGUCCGGAAGACCUGAGCCCCUCCGCCUCGGCAGCGUUGCCCCCAACUUCGAUGCCGACACCACCAACGGUCCCAUCAACUUCCACGAGUUCAUCGGCGACAAGUGGGUGAUUCUGUUCUCUCACCCCGAGGACUACACCCCUGUCUGCACCACCGAGCUCGGUGCUUUUGCUAAGCUCGAGCCCGAGUUCACCAAGCGUGGUGUCAAGCUCAUUGGUCUGUCGGCCAACACUGUCGACAGCCACGGUGGCUGGAUCAAGGACAUCAACGAGAUCUCCCAGACUAGCCUCAAGUUCCCCAUCAUUGGCGACAAGGAGCGCCAGGUCGCUCUCGCCUACGACAUGCUUGACCACCAGGACGCCACCAACGUCGACGCUAAGGGUAUUGCUUUCACCAUCCGCUCCGUCUUCAUCAUCGACCCCAAGAAGACCAUCCGCACCAUCCUCUCAUACCCCGCCUCCACUGGUCGCAACACUGCUGAGGUCCUCCGCAUUGUCGACUCUCUCCAGACCGGUGACAAGCACAGAAUCACCACUCCUAUCAACUGGAUUCCCGGUGAGGAUGUCAUUGUUCACCCCGGCUUCAAGACCGAGGACGCCCAGAAGGUCUUCCCCAACAUCCGUGUCGUCAAGCCAUACCUUCGCUUCACCCCCCUCAGCAAAGAGGAGACGAGUUCGAGCGCCCAACUCUCAGUCGCAAGCAACCAAUCUGGCGUGUCAAAACGAGACGACUAUGAAUCAUCCUCAGAAAUGGAUGCGAUGAGCCAUGUUUCAGAUCACCCCAUUCGCUCAGCUGCCGGCUCACCCAUCCCACCUCAGACGCCAAAUGCUACCUCGGCUACCGCGAACUUGUCUGGCCUGGUAUGCAACGUUCAUCGUACUACUGGAAGGGAGCCUCACCCUCUGGUUGGAGCUACAACUACAAUACUCGGUGACAAGAUGUAUGUUUUUGGAGGUCGCAAGAUAUCAAAGUCUCGUCCCACUUUGACCUCGGAUCUCUACGAGCUUGAUCUUCCUCGUCGGCAUUGGUCGAAGAUAGAGACUAAAGGUGAUGUCCCGCCCCCAAGGUACUUCCACAGUGUGUGUGCUCUCGGAGACAACAAGCUCGUAUGCUACGGAGGCAUGUCACCUGAAGGUGGUCCUGCCGCCCAGAGCGAAUCUCCUGAUGCUCAGGUGAGCGUCAUGUCCGACGUGCACAUCUACGACAUACCAUCACAUACAUGGACAAGAAUCAGUACUGGAGAGGCACCACAAGGUCGAUAUGCCCACUGCGCAGCUAUUCUCCCGUCAGGGGCAGUCUUUGCCUCUUCUAACGCACCUUUGUCCGCUAUACACCACAACCCUUCUGGGGCUCAACCAAACUCAGGCUCGAUCGGUGUGGAACUCGAUGGAAGGGGUGGUGCCGAGAUGGUCGUCGUUGGUGGUCAGGACAGUGGCAAUCACUACAUUGAGCAGAUCAGUGUGUUUAACUUACGCAGCCUGAAAUGGACCUCGACCAAGCCUAUUGGCGGCCGGAGUUGUGGUGCAUACAGAUCUGUUGUCACGCCGUUGGUCAGCAUGGAGAGUCACAAGGUUGGUGCAGGUCACGAGGGCGCAUCAAUCAACGGCGACUAUGACGAUGAUGAUGAUGAUGAAGACGACGACACCGACCUUAGCUCAUCCGGUUCUGCUAUGCUCAUCUACACCAAUUAUAACUUCCUGGAUGUCAAGCUUGAGCUUCAGGUUCGCAACCGCGACGGUACGCUCGUCGACAAACAAAUGCAGGGUACAGUGACACCCCCUGGACUCCGCUUCCCUACCGGAGGUGUCAUUGGUAAUAACUUUGUGGUGGCCGGCACAUUCUUGACGUCCUCCAAGCAGGAAUUCUCCCUAUGGGCUCUGGACCUUCGAUCAUUGACUUGGGCCCGCAUUGACAGUGGAAGCAGCAUAUUCAGUCAAGGAAGCUGGAACAGAGGUGUCCUGUGGGAGCGAAGAAACUCCUUCAUUAUCCUUGGAAAUCGCAAACGAAACCUUGUGGACGACUACAACAAUCGUCGUCUUAACUUUAACAACAUGUGUGUUGUUCAGCUCGAAGCAUUCGGUUUAUACGACAACCCCAGAAAAGUCUGGCCGACUUCCGAUUAUGUAUCAGCCAGUGCCCCUCAAUAUCAGCCCGGCUCUGAAGGCUCUGCAGGCGGAAGGAGACUAUACAGCGGUGCUGAGGAGCUGGGUGAGAUGAUGCUUCAGUCGCGUGAGCUUUGCGAUAUGGACUUCCUUGCUAUCGAUGGCACUCGAAUCCCAGUGAACUCAAGACUCAUCGGGCGCAGAUGGGGCCCUUUCUUCAACCAGCUUGUGCGCGAAAGUGCCGGUCCUACUAAUGAGGGCGGCGACACUGCGACCCUCAGGCCAGCUACCAUGGCUUCUCGCAACUCCACUAUCACCAUCACACCUACGCUUACUUCCAAUGGAUCCACUCUAACCGCAAACAGCGUGACUGGAACCACAAUGACAUUGGAACCAGCCGAUGUCAGGAACCUACCACCAAACUCACGCCCAAGAACGCUGUAUCUUCCUCACACAGUGCCAACACUUCAGGCUCUGAUUCACUAUCUCUGCACUGGCUCGCUUCCGCAACAACCUUCGCAUCUUGCAACGCCUCAAAUCUUCUGCUCUCUGCUUCAACUUGCUCGUCCCUAUGAAAUCGACGGUCUAGCUGAAGAGGUUACGGAACGGCUUCAUGAAACGCUGGAUGGCCGCAAUGCUGCGGCUAUCUUCAACGCAGCAGCCAUGGCGGCUGGUGGUGGUCAAGGUGUUGUGUUCAAAGACAUCAACACCAGUGUGCACCCGCCUCGUGUGCAAAGUCUGGGAGGCCUUGAUGCCUUGACUCUCAACGGCAGCGGUGGUCGCAAUCCUCUGCGAGUGGAUACUGACAUGGCCAACGGACGUACUACACGCACGACUCUGCGUGGAGAAAGCUUGGCUGAGGAGGAUGAAGACAUCCCUGACUCGGCCUCGACCGCUGGAUCAGCUUACAGCGUCACGAGUAGUCGCCAAGGUGGCCGUGAUGAUGAGGAUAUCUGGGACGGCGGUCAAAGCCAUGUCAUCGGGUUGCAGAAACGCGGAUUGCGUGGUCUUAUGGAAGGUCGUCGUAUACGUGAGAGGGGCCGCAGCGAAGGCACCGGUACAGCCAGCAGUGUUACUGGUAGCAGCAGUAUCGCCGGCACUAGUGUAGCCAGCGGUAGUAUCAGCGGUCCCUCAGAUCCCAAGGGCCUCGGCUUGGGCAUCUCGUGA